CUUGAAUCAGACGCUUAGAGCAAAGCCCAGCCCAAUAAAAACCCUAACCUUUGCCUCCAUAUCCAUCAUUUAUACCUAAGCCGCUGCUCAAACUUCUUCUUCACCCCCUCCCCCCGUUCCCACUCCCUCCCUGCGAAAUGGGUCGCGUCAUCCGUGCUCAGCGUAAAGGUGCCGGGUCUGUCUUCAAGUCUCACACCCACCACCGGAAAGGCCCCGCCAAGUUCCGGUCGCUCGAUUUCGGGGAGCGCAAUGGCUACCUCAAGGGUGUAGUGCAAGAGAUCAUCCACGAUCCCGGCCGCGGCGCCCCUCUCGCUCGUGUCACUUUCCGCCAUCCUUUCCGCUACAAGCACCAGAAGGAGCUUUUUGUCGCCGCCGAGGGGAUGUACACUGGACAGUUUGUUUACUGCGGUAAGAAGGCCUCUCUUAUGGUAGGAAACGUCCUCCCGAUCAGAUCUAUUCCCGAGGGUGCGGUUGUCUGCAACGUUGAGCACAAGGUUGGUGAUCGAGGCGUGUUCGCGAGGUGCUCCGGUGAUUAUGCCAUCGUCAUCAGUCACAACCCUGACAAUGGAACAUCUAGGAUUAAACUGCCUUCAGGAGCAAAGAAGAUUGUGCCCAGUGGCUGCCGGGCUAUGAUUGGUCAAGUGGCCGGAGGUGGGCGUACCGAGAAGCCCAUGCUUAAAGCAGGAAAUGCCUAUCACAAAUUCAGGGUGAAGAGGAACUGCUGGCCCAAGGUUCGUGGUGUGGCUAUGAACCCAGUGGAGCAUCCCCAUGGUGGUGGUAACCAUCAACACAUUGGUCAUGCCAGUACAGUUCGCCGUGAUGCACCACCUGGACAGAAAGUUGGUCUGGUGGCUGCCAGGAGGACUGGUCGUGUCCGUGGUCAAGCUGCUGUUGCUGCUGCCAAGGCUGACAAGGGAUCUUAAGUUUUAUAUGUACUAUGUUAUUUAUUAUGAUGUGUUUGAGAUUGUGCUUGUUAGUGCUUUUACUUUAUAACCCAUCCAGACUGUUAAACAUCCAGACUUGACGCAUUUUACAGCGACUUGAAUGGGAGCAAGUUUUGGUUUCAAAAUUGUGUUCCAUUUUGUUCUUGUUUUGAACAGAUGUUCUCAUUGUUUCUUUAUUUAAUUGUGUUCUAUUUUGUUCUUGUUUUUAACAGAUGUUCUAAUUGUUUGUUUA